GUGCAGUUGUCUGAAAGAAUGUUAAUGAAUUCAUCACCUGGGCCAUGGGCCCAGUACAGUUCUGCUGCAAAUGAGUAGCUACGAGUGUGAAUGAUCUGAACAACCCCAGGCAUGCCGUUUGAUUUUCUGCAAAGAAUGAAACAUGUGCUGACAUGGGCUGCUAUAGUUUCAGUCACAUCAGCAUCAACCAGGAGCAGGACAGCACUGUUUGACGAGUCUGUUCCCACUGAGCAAUACACUGACACCUGGGUGGUACAGCUGCUGCUACCGCAAUCACAGCUCACACUUGAAGCUCACACACUUGCAGCAAAACAUGGUCUUAUCAACCAGGGACAGGUAGGCAACCUUGAUGACUACUUCGCAUUCAAGUUACCUGAAACCGAUCAAAGGGGAAAUCUACACUUGACUGGUACUGGUCAGAAAAAUCACAUUUCACAAGCACUUUCAAAUGAGCCAAACGUGGGCUCUGUACAGCAGCAAAUAGCAAGAAAAAGAUUCAAGAAAGACUACAGUUAUCCAAGCGAUCCAAAUUUCAGCAAACAAUGGUCUUUGGUCAACCGUGGUCAAACUAGCGGUAGAAAGGGGCUGGAUAUUAACGUGGAGCCUGUCUGGCUGCAAGGAAUCACUGGGAGUGGUGUGGUCGUGUCUAUCAUGGAUGAUGGAUUGGAGAUAACACACCCUGACAUUUCUCCGAACUACGAUUCCACUGCUAGUUGGGACUUUGCACAAGGUGAUAGUGACCCCACUCCUACCACAUACUAUGGUGAUGAGCCAGACAGACAUGGAACCAGCUGUGGAGGAGAGAUUGCCAUGGCAAAAGAUAACAAUCAGUGUGGAGUGGGGGUGGCCUAUAACUCCAAUCUUGGCUGUCUCAAGGUUGACUUUACUAGCAUGACAGACUCCAUUGAAGCAAGUUCUCUUGGCUAUAAAAACAACUAUAUCCAAGUUUACAGCAACAGUUGGGGACCAAAUGACAAGGGUUUCAUUGUAGAAAAACCAGGAAUACUGCUUGAAAAUGCAUUAAAAAAUGCAGUCAAAAGGGGUCGUGAUGGGAAGGGCUCCAUUUUUGUGUGGGCUGCUGGGAAUGGUGGAUGGAACUAUGAUUCUUGUGCUGCUGAUGGCUAUUCUUCCAGCAUCUACACUAUUGCAGUGGGGUCAGCAGAUCAAACCGCUGGUCAAGCAGGCUAUGAUGAACAGUGUGCUGGAAAGAUGGCCGUCACUUAUUCAUUCAACUCAAGAACAUUCUCAGACGAUGGCUCUUAUGACCCUUUCGACCAAAUUUACACCACGACUCUGAAUGGGGAAUGUACAGACGACUUUACUGGCACUAGUGCUUCUGCACCUCUAGUAUCAGGAGUCAUCACUCUGGCACUGCAGGCAAACCAUGAACUGACGUGGAGAGAUGUGCAGUACUUGCUAGUUUACACAUCCAACACUGACCCUCUCACUGAUGGGGAAUGGACGAUGAACGGGGCAGGGCGUAAAAUCAGUCACAAGUUUGGCUUUGGAGCUAUUGACGCUGAGGCAUUUGUAACUCGAGCCAGACAUUGGAUUACUGUUCCUCCACAGAUUUCCCAGACCUUGACAAGCCACCAAACCUAUGGAAGUGCUCGCUUUGGACAACCUCUUACGAUGCAAUUUACGGUACUGAACAUGGCCUCAGGUGUUCACUUCCUGGAGCACGUGGUUUUGACGGCUUCAUUAAGAAUAGAAUAUGUACGAAGAUACACAAUCGCGGACUAUUCUACAUUCAUUAAGUAUGAAGCCACAGAUGGAUCUUCGGUGAAACGCUGGUUACUAGACCCUCAUCCUCGCAGGGGGGACAUCAUGAUUGAACUCACUUCACCACAGGGAACAACUUCAACUCUUCUUCCAUACAGAAAUUAUGAUUUUGUCAAUUCUGACGAUGAAGGAUAUGCUUACCACCUUUGGCCCUUCAUGUCUGUUCACUAUUGGGGGGAGAAUCCGGUCGGAACUUGGACAAUGACUGUUACGUUCAAGUCUUCCAGUGGUUAUGUUAGUGUGUCUGAUAUGGACUUUGCACUUUAUGGCACGUCCAGUACACCUCAAGCUGUAGCAAAUAUUCCUCAGGUGUGUGACAAAGCAUGUGCUAGAGGUUGCUAUGGAGAUGGUCCCAAUGCGUGUGAUGUGUGCAAAGAUUUUCGUAUUGUAUCUACGCUUGAAUGUGUCACUACUUGCCCAAAUAAUACACUUGUAUACAGGGGAUCGUACUGCAAUAGCACCAAAACAGUAUCAUCGAAUUCUUUAGUUGCUACUGCUGUUGGUACUUCAAUGGGGCUGGUUGGACUGCUUGUCCUAGUGUGUAUAGUGGUCACAUGCAUUGCGGUAUACCUGUGGAUAAAGAAGAAGAAUGAUCGAGGAAAUCGACUAAGAUAUCAUGUGCUUCAGUCGGUGGAUGGCACUUCAUCUGUUCCUGUAUAAUAAUAAUAGAUUGGACUACAGACUUCAUACGCGUAUUUUACAUAAAGAACUAAUUCCUUCCAUUUAGAGUGUCAAAAUUCAAGGGAUAAUUAUAGAUAUGUGAUUCCUUGCCUUGAAAAAAUUAGUGGUAAAAAUCAAGUAUACAAAAAGUAUAAUAAAAAUGGAUUUACACCCUUUUUGUAUAAUCGAUGAUUCAGCUAUAGGGACUCUUUCAGCCGUACACUGCUUAUUUGAGGUAGUGCAUGCAUGCUGCAUGCAUGCUCUUUCUAUAUUAUUAUGCCUCGGUGCGCAUGCGCAAGCGAGGUAUACGGAGUGUGUUUGUGUGUUAAGCUAGCUUACCUCCAUUAUAAUUAUAUACAUAGCACAAUAUCUCCUCAGGCCUUACGCUAUACCCAAGCCUUGCCCUUAAGAUUGGGUUAACCAACCCAAACCCCAGUCUCUUGAGGUCAAUUAUAGAGUAGCAUUAGUUCUGCUAGAUCUAGAUCGAAUUCUAUUUGCUUUUUUGCUUGCAUGCCAAAUGACAAAUAGGCCUUUCAUAGAGCUACAAAAUACAUACAAAAUAAAAUUGGCUUCAGUAUAAUUAUGGGCACUCAAAGUCAAAUGAGAUGACAGUACUUAAAAACGCAUCAAUGAAAACAUGAUUAAAAAAUCUAGCUGAUGGAUGAUCAAUACAUGUAUAGAUGGAUGGAUUGACUGCAUGUUAACAAGGACACGGUAUUACACUAGUAAUAAUGAUUGAUUUGAUGAAAUAGAGUGAUAGACAUUCAUUCUUCUCUUAGCAGGGCGGUUGGGUUAGAGCACUUGCAAAACUCCACAACUCUCUUCAGUAGUCCACGCAUGAAGCCAGCAAACUGUCAUGGGAAAAACAAAUUAUAAUAACUUCUUGGCUUGGGCUCUACUUGUUUGCUAACACUAUAGUACUGAAGUCACAAUAAUACAAACCGACCACAAUUCUAUAAUAAUUCUUUCUAGGUACACAUGUAUAAGUAUAGUGUUCACCUCUGCCCCAAUGGAGCCACUGUCCCCAGAGUCCAUCAGGUGAGGGGAGGGGCUCACGUUCAACACAGAGUAACCUGUACGCAAAAUAUAGCAACUAGAGCACUAAAGUGCAAACCCUCGGCUGGUGACAUGAUUAUAAAGAAACCAGAAGACUGCAUAUAGUGAUGUUGUUAUCAUCAUGCAUGACUUGCACAGCAACUCAGGAGCAAUAAAACUAAACCAGACUGGAGGCAUGCUGAAACAUUUGAGAACAGGUAGUAGUACUAUAGAUAUAUGCACUGUGGAUUAGGAUCACAGCAAAGAAGCCUGGAGUCUCAGAGAAGUAUGGCUCCAGGUCCUGCAUGGAUCCCAGUCAGCUAAAGCAAGCUUUCUACUUUGGGGACCCUGUUCCAUUCUUCCUGAUAUAUACAGCUUUCUACUUUAGUGACCCUGUUCCAUUGUUUCUGGACCGGGUACAGGAUCACUUCAGUUAUAAGUAACGCAUGUGCAAGUUCUGUUGAAGCUACAUUUUGCUCGCUUUUAUUAGACAACGAAGCUUUAACACCGAAAGCUGCCACUAUUAGAAGUACUGACUUGUUGUGUGGAGGCUACCCAUGCUGUAAACGCAGUGCUAGAGCAUCCAGCAGUGGCUUAUAUAAGAGACUGCCUGUAAUGCUUAUAUACAUUGGACCCCCAUCAAGAAGUUACUACAAUACAAACAAGAUGAAACUAGUUGUUGGAUUAUCCCUCCUCUUGUGUGUGGCUGCUGCUGUUGGUCAGCCACCAAAGCUUUCACCAAUUAUGGAGUGCUAUAAUUCUGCAGCUAAAGAUUUCAUCAAGACAGAUCCAAUUUGUUUCGUUGAGACAGCUAGAGUAUUUAAGAUGAACUUUGGCAGUGAUGAGUAUCUAAAGAGAAUGUGCAAGGCUGAAGAAUGUGCUCGGAAAGUUGACAGCUACCUGACUGCCCAAUGUGGUUACUCCCUUCUCAAAGAUAUUUGCACCAAGAAUGAGCAAGGCCAGUACUGCUAUUUAAGAGAUGUUUCUAUGAAACUUUCUGAGGAAAUUAGGCCACUUCUGAAGACUUGUGAAAACAAAGACUGUAGAGAAGAUCCUACUUGCAACAAUGCUUGGAAAAAGUUAAGCUGCUGUGUCGGCAUGUAUCGCACUUCUAGCAUUAAGUUUGGUGGUGGGGACCCCCUUCAAGUGCACCCAUCCUGCACUAGCAUUCUCAGUACAUGUACCAAUGUACCCUUGGGCUUUGGAAGAUCAACGCCUUCAUUUUUGGACCUUAUUAUGGCUCUCAUGGAGGAGUGAUGGGACAGCUAUACAGACAAUUAUAACUACAUGCAGCUAGUUGUUAGAGAGCUGAGACAAACAGUAAUUAUAGGUAGCCUAGAUCAAAACUCAGAAACAUGUGUAGUGAUUGUAUUGUUAGUAUUAAUUUUUGAAAAAUAAACGUUAUGAAUUGG